ACAGAUAUGUUUCUAAAGAGGAUAGGGGUUUAAAAUCUAAUGCUGGUAAUCUUGCAUUUCAGGCUGCUUAAAGGUACAGUGCGGGAUGUUUUGUAUGAUCUAUUAACAGAAAUUCAAUAUAACAUACAAAACUGUGUCGUUUAGAUGUGUAUAAAAACCUUACGUAGUGAAAAGUUAUGUUUUUAUUACCUUAGAAUAAACCAGUUGUAUCUACAUAGGGCCUAUCUACAUGGAAUUUGUUAUGUUGCGCAGCCAUGUUUUGUACAGUAAGCUCUAACGGACAAACAGCUCUACAGAGCGCGUUUCGUAUAUGUUGGUCUUCGUGUGUUUUUUUAGACGCAGCUUGCGUCAUCACUGAGUUGAAGACGAACAAAGUAGUAAGUCGUAGUACGGAGAGAAGGAGGAGUAGUCGUCGUCUAGCUGAAGCAAUUGAUUGUUCUGUCUUAGAAGUUUUGAUAAAAUGGAGGACCAUGCGUAUUGUGCACAAGAGCCGACAGAGCGUGAAUCUCCGUCGUCAAAGAAGUGCAAACGUGAUGCUGCCAGACGAAUUAGAGACAAACGGCGGCAGAAAUCCAGGAUAAACAUCGGUGUAUCUAUUACCAGAUGGAAGGCGCUGUUGAAAGAAAAAUGUUUUCAAGGCGACGCCGAAGUUGCCUGUUUUCUGCUAGACUGGUAAGAUAAUUCAACAUUUUCAAUGUUUCCAGUUUUUCAAUGUUUACCAAACAACUGUUUUGUUGAAACGGUAGCGUUAGCAUUUUAUACAAAUGGCCAUAUAACCUCCGAAUAAUAAUGUUUUUCCGUCCCUGCGGUACGUACUCCGGUUGUUCCUGACUUUACAAAGGGGAAGACAAACGUCUACUAACUUACACCUAACUGCCUAUGUCGCUGUCAGAUCAAACGAUUUGAACAGCGUUGCUAUUUACGAUUAGCUAACUUUAGUUACUUCACUACUCUCAGCGUGUACUAGAUAGCACGCAAGAAAUAUAUCUAAUUAUAGAAUUGUAACAGUAACUUUCGCAAUAGAAUACAUGUUAAAGGAUUAAUUACGUUAAUAUAUUGCCUUACCUUUGUAAAGAAACAUCAUUGCUUGUAUCACUGCUAUCCGCUGUCUCAGUAGACGACAUCUUUUUUUACUGUUGCGGCCACCGUCGUACUUCGAAAGGGAGAUUCGUUGCAAAACUAUAAUACAACGCUAGUGGCCGCUGAUUUUCAAGAACUGCGCCUUUAAAUCAAGCACAAGCAGUUCUCUUUCAUCAUCUCGUUUCGAGAUCCACCUAUGGGAAGGGCAUCCGUACCUGACCUCUGCAGAAGCAUCUAAUUGCACCAAGUCUGGCUAGACAGACAGAAGCGCGCAGCCAAUGCCAGCCUCCGCUAGACGUGACAGUCGUCUAUUCAGCCAGGUUAGCUGUGUUUUUUUCUACGCAUCCUGAGCCGCCCACGCUCAUGCUUUUUUCACCUGCUCCCCAUUUACUUUCCACGGCUGCCUACCACGGAUAUUAACGAGUUUUUCGCCGACAUGUUGCUCUCUAAAUCUGCCACUGCUCCCGGGACCAGCUCAUCACGGGCCUGCCCGGCCACGUGCGGGGCUCUCAUCGCAGCUAAGGACUCUCACGAGUUCUGCGUGGUCUGCUUGGGCCUCAAGCAUGCAGAAGAGGCUUUGGAGAACCCGGAGCAUUGCAGCCAUUGCCUUGUGCUGCCGAAAAAGCUCCUGCGACGUCGACUCAAAGUUGCCGCUACCCAGUGUAUCGAGCUCGGCUUUUCUGACUCGGAUGGGGGACACGGUGACGGCGACGCGCCUCCGGGGAUCUCCCAGUGUGCGACGUCGCUUCAUUGGGCUGACCUACCUAAUCCUGCGUUCCCCGAAAAGGAUAUCUUCGGUGGCAACCUCCCGUUCGCUGAUGAACCGGCUGGUUCCGGCAAUGAAGAUGACGCGAGCCUUCUUGGGGUCUCAGAGGACGAGGAGGCCAUCCCACUCUCUGGUUUUUACCAGGUUAACCCCCCGCGGCCUUACCCCAGUCCAUCCUCCUGGACGUGUGCGAUCGAGCGGCCGCUCGCCUUAACAUUCCGUGGCCGGCUCCGCAGAGCACCACCGACCAGGAGAGGGAUGUGUAUGAUGGGAAAGUGCUGGGUCCCCCGCCCGGCCCGAGGAAACAACUCUUCCCCAUCCUGCCAGCGUGCGCGAAGCACGUGAGGCACUACUGGAGCGACCCGCUGAACCUCAAACACGGUCUCGCGGGUCUGGAGGUGAAAGACAUGGCGGCUCUCGGCUUGGGUGAUCCCCCCGCUGUCGAGCCGUCGAUCGCCAGGCAUCUCAACCCCAUCCAGGGCGGGCUGCUCGCCCCUCCGAAGCCGGUCUUGGCAAGCAAAAUGGACCGUUUUUCUGCCUCUGUUCAUCAGGCCACUUAUAAAUCCUCGGCCUUGGCUGUCAGGGCUCUCAAUGUUUCGUCCCUGCUUUCCGCUUACCAGGCGGAAAUUUUGGAGGAUUUGGGGCAGCAGCUGGACAAAGGAUCCCCCUCGCCAACCUUGUGGAACGAGAUCCUUACGGUCAACGACCUCGCCCUCCACAAUGCUCGGCAGGCUGUCCAAGUUUGCGGGCGCUCCAUGGCGCUUUCUGUAGUGGGGGAGCGUGCUCUCUGGCUGAACCUGUCGGGACUUCCUGACAGUGAGAAGAGGCGCGUUGCGGGUGCUCCGGUCGAGCCUGGCCAGGCUCUCUUCGGUCCCGCCGUGGCUUUGAUGCAGCAACGGUGCGACGACAAAAAGAAAGAGGACGAGGCUUUCAAGUUGUGCCUCCCUAAGAAAGCUGCUCCGCGUCAGUUGCCCACUGCGCGUUUGCCUAACCCCCCCCCCGUCACGGUGCGAAACCCGCAUCAUAGCAGGGAGAAAUCGCGCAACAAACCCCCUCCACGGCAGAGUAACCCACCCUCUGCUAAACCCUGGGGAAGAACGUCUCCCGCCGCGGCUGGGAAACCCGCCCAACCCAACCCCGACCGAUUCUAAACGCAAGCGGCCGGCCUGAUGUCCGACCAUUGGGGGCAGAGAGUCCUCGUUCACGAGCCACAAGCUCCUUCUGUCCCAGAGCCCCUGUCCAAAAGACGGAGGUUUUCUCGCGGAGGGACCGGCCAGGGUUCCCAGCCCGUGCCUUCAGUGGACACUGUGUUUCCUCCCCCCACGUUCAGGGGGUCGGUUGCGAGGGAAUGUGCUCAAACAGUGUCACCACACAGCACACACAUUGUUCCCCUCACCCAACUAAUAAAGGCUUCGGCCCCGGUGUUCCCCAACACAAAAAACACAAUGAAACAAACGAAUAUAUUGAAUUUGUUUCAGGGAGAGUACGUCUCUCUGCAGAGAGAGAACAUCUUUCUAAAUCCACGCAUGUCGCCCCUAGUGUGUCCGCUAGAUGGCGCCAUUGCAUCGCAAAGGAGCCAACAGAGCGUAUGUGAGGAUUUCGGCGCUUCACCGGCCCCAGUGGGGAUGCUCGCGAAUUACGAGUCCGCCUGGCAGACUGUUGCGCCUCCAGAGUGGGUGAUGCGAACAAUUAUGCAGGGUUACAGACUGCAGUUUGUAAUGAAACCCCCGCUUUUCAACGGCGUUCUCUCUUCUCACGCGGAGGAGAGCUCCGCUCACAUUCUGAAUGAAGAAAUCUCUUCUCUCUUAAUGAAGGGAGCGAUUCAGGUGGUACCUCCCAGCCUGAUAAGUCAAGGGUUUUAUUCCCGUUAUUUCCUGGUCCCAAAGAAGGACGGCUCUCUCCGCCCCAUCUUGGACCUCCGGAUGUUGAACAAACAUUUGAGGAAAUACAAUUUCAGAAUGUUAAACCACGGCACUCUGGCCUGCACCAUAAAACAGAACGACUGGUUCACUUCGGUCGAUCUCAAGGAUGCUUUUUUCCUCAUAAGCAUUUAUCCGCCACACAGGAAGUUUCUUCGUUUCGCCUAUCUAGGCAUAUGUUACGAAUUCACUGUUCUUCCUUUCGGGCUCUCACUCAGCCCUCGGACUUUUUGUCUGUGUACGGAGGCGAGCUUGGCUCCCCUGAGAAUGUCAGGUCUGCGGAUUUUGACAUACAUAGACGAUUGGCUCAUCGUGGCCGAAUCGGAAGAGAAAGUGCUGCGGGACACCUGCAGCGUGCUUACACACAUCACAUCUCUCGGGUUCAGGGUGAAUGUGACCAAAUGCAAUUUUACACCCAGCCAGAGUGUGAUUUUCCUGGGCUUGGAGCUGAGCUCGGUCUCCAUGUGAGCGCGUCUCUCCCAGGAGCGCGUCCUCUCUCUAAUGAGCUGCGUGUCGCAGUUCAGAGAGGGGGCGAGAGUGCAGUAUCGCACAUGCCUCAGAUUGCAGGGUCUUAUGGCUUCAGUUAUCCAAGUUUUGCCGCUGGGACUUCUGCAAAUGAGAGCAUUCAUGAAAUGGGUUUUGUCACUACAUUUCAGCCCGGUACGGGAUCUCUGCCGCUCUGUGACAGUGACGCGCGCCUGCACGGCAGCUCUUCGCCACUGGAGAGACGCGGACUUUUACGCACAGGGGACCCGUUUGGGAAUGGUAGUGAUGCGGAAAGUUGUGACGACAGAUGCGUCCCUAACAGGCUGGGGUGCCACCCAGGAGGGCAGAGUGGUGAACGGUGUGUGGCCGAGCAUACUACGUUCAGCACACAUAAAUUAUUUAGAGCUCCUGACCAUAUGGAAAGCUCUGAAUUAUUUUCUGCCUCGCCUGCUAGGACAUCAUGUGCUCGUACGCUGCGACAAUACCACAGCAGUCGCGUAUAUCAAUCUGCAGGGCGGCUUAUGCUCACCGAAACUUCACGCUCUAGCUCACAAGCUUUUGGUGUGGAGCGGGCGGUUUUUCCUGUCGUUACGCGCGACUCAUGUUCCAGGCAUUCUGAACAGAGGUGCGGACCUUCUGUCGAGGGGGAACCCACUCUACGGAGAUUGGCGCCUCCACCCUCAGAUAGUGGGCAUGAUAUGGUGGAGAUUCGGACAGGCAACCGUAGAUCUAUUCGCCUCGCGCGAAAACAACCAUUGUCCUAUGUUCUUCUCGCUAAAGGACUCGGACGCGCCCCUCGGGGUGGACGCACUGGCCCACCCAUGGCCCAAGCUGCUGCUGUAUGCUUUUCCUCCUCUGUGCCUGAUAAUUCCCACACUGGCCAGAGUGAGAGAGAAGGGCCUGUCUCUCCUUCUAAUAGCUCCCAGGUGGCCCAAAGCACCGUGGCUGGCAGAGAUAAUCCCUCUGUUAUACGCCCAGCCGUGGCGCCUCCCCCUCCGCACAGACCUAUUGUCUCAGGCGAAUGGGGAAAUUUAUCACCCACACCCGGACAGGGUGGCUCUCUGGGUCUGGCCCGUGAGAAGUCAAACUUAAACGCGCUGGGGCUUCACCCGCGUGUGGUUGCCACUAUACAAAAUGCCAGGGCCGUUUCUACACGGUCCUUGUAUGGUUGUAAGUGGCAAGUGUUUGAAGAGUGGUGUGAUGGGCGCAGUCUCACAUCAUAUCAGUGCUCAGUUCCUGAUAUUUUGUGUUUCUUACAGGACCUUAUGGAUAAAGGCAGGUCUUUUUCCACAAUUAAGGUGUACCUGGCAGCUAUUUCUGCCUGUCAUGUGGGCUUUGAGGGCUCAACAGUCGGGCAGAAUCCUUUAAUCCGCAGAUUUAUGAAGGGUGCCCAUCGCUCCUUGCCAGUCAUCAGGAGAACCGUCCCUGAAUGGGACCUCUCCUUGGUGCUUGAGCCCCUGGGAGGUAUUUCCUUGAAGCUGUUGUCUUUCAAGACGGCUUUGCUCUUGGCCUUGGUAUCAGCCAAACGUGUCAGUGAGCUACAUGCACUCUCAAUACAUCCCUCGUGCACGAAAUUCUCUUUGAGUGGAGAUAAGGUUUUUCUUAAACCUAACCCGGCUUUUAUGCCUAAAUGUUUCCCUGCGUUCACUUCGGAGGUGUUGGAGCUGUCCGCUUUUCACCCUCCGCCUUUUUCCUCUGCGGAGGAUCAGAGGCUGAAUGCUCUGUGUCCUGUUCGUGCAUUACAGGCAUAUAUGUCCAAGACCAGUGCUUUCCGGAAGAGCGACCAGCUCUUUAUUUCGUGGGCACCCCCUCAUAAGGGGAGUCCCAUAUCUAAACAGCGCCUCUCACAUUGGCUUGUGAACGCUAUAGCAGUUGCAUAUGUAUCAAGGGGAGUGCAGCCCCCAGGUACCAUCAGAGCUCAUUCCACGAGGGGCUUAGCUGCCUCUUGGGCUUUGUUCAGGGGAGUAUCACUGCAGGACAUCUGCUCUGCAGCCAGCUGGGCUUCUCCCCAUACGUUUGUGCGUUACUACCGAUUGGAUGUCACCAAAACCUCGGUAGCACAUUCUGUUUUAGGAGUGGGGUCUUCAUAGCCCCUCCUUGUUAUAUUCCUUCACCUCCUGUUUACACAUUGUUAUGGUAACGAGGGUUGAACGGGCCGGUGGGCCGUGCGCAUUCAUGUCACCAAGCAUGCAUUCACAUUCCGGCCUGGGUGGUAUAUAUGUGUUGCUGGGUUAAUUACAUGUGUGUGCCUCAUACAUGUUCCUGUCCUGUAUGUGCGCAGCAGCUAUGCGUGCGCAUCAGGGCUGCCAGGGACAUAAUUAUGGGACGUGUCAUGCACCGCCCCUUUGGGGGUGACCGUUUUUUCUGGCUUUCAGAACCUCACUGUGAGUGUAUUGGGCAAUCGGGGAGCUGUCCAUGUCUCUCCCAUAGGUGGAUCUCGAAACGAGAUGAUGAAAGAGAACAAUAGGUUACUGUCGUAACCCCGGUUCUCUGAAACAUCGAGUGGAGAGAUCCACCAGCUU